CAGAAAGUCAGUUAGGAAAUAAUAGUCGAACAGGGCAGAGGGCAACGGUUUUUUUGGUCUCCGAAGCCAAAAAUCAACACGCUUGUUCCGCUGUACCAAAGCACACCUAAGGACCUUCGGGCCCACACCUGAGCCAUGCCCAUACACUGGGACUGGGACUGGGAGCACGAGCAUGAGCAUGGAGGCGCUCACUAUCACUGGCCCCCCCGCCGGCACUGGACCUCGGGAGAGCCCAAGUGUCGCCAACGGCGGUACUACUUGUCGCACGAGCUAGACGUGUGCGCCAGAGACUUCCACUUGCGAGUGGACGACAGCGCCUGGUGCCAUGGGUCGUGUCUGGUAGGACGCGUGGUCAUAGAGACGGGCACAGAGCCGGACUCUCUGGGCCGCGGCACCUUCAAGGUGGUCCUGGACGUUCAUCACUUCCAGAUCUCCGAGCUGACCGUCAAGGCGAGGAACAGUGACACAGUUUGUGUCGAGGGCAAGCAGUCGGACGAUCGCGCGGACAAGGGUCAGCUCUGCAUUACCCGCGAGUUCUCCCGCACCUACAAGCUCCCCAGGCACUACGAUGGUACCCAGGCACGGGCGACGUUCUCCGCCGACGGCAUACUCAUGAUUACGGUGCCAGCCCCGCCGAAGCUGGACGAUGUGGAGCGAGUGGUGGAGAUCGAGCCCACCGGCAACUACUUUGGCAGCAUCGCGGAUCCCAGUGCAGCCAAGGCCAUUGAGCAGGCCGCAGCGGCCGAAGCUGGCGAGGAGACUCCUGCUGACACAGCGGCGGACAAAUGAAGCCGACGACGUCUGGCGGUGGUGCGUGGUUGGCGCCGUUUUUGCAAAUGGAAGGCUAACAAAUUUUGGCAUAAGCGUCCAUCCAAAUGCGUUUAGGCCGCCAGAGGCAGUCGAAAUCGAGGAUACGGAAACGAAGGACACCUGGCGAACCACUUAUGUAUCCCAGUCACAGAGCACACGCACAACGGAGUGAUUACCGGCAAAUAAAUAGGAUUGGUUGUUUUCAUGUUCUAGGAAGCACGUAGGAAAAUCGUUAAAAACGUUAGCAAAUAUGGCGCGGUCGAUAUUGUUCCAAGAUCAAUAGCUUCAGUACAGUAUCUAAGAGUUGACACUUCUGCUUGUGAUUUUGUUGUCUGCCAAUA